AUGGAGAUAAAUCUCGCCCACGUUCAGAUGUGGCUGGGCCUCCUUGUCGGCGGAGGUGCCUUCUAUGCCUUCGCCAUCAUCGUCUACCGAGUCUUCUUCCAUCCUCUAGCCAAGUACCCCGGCCCCUUCCUCGCCAAGAUUACCGAUGCCUACCAGCUCUACCACGCCUACAGGGGUGAUCGCCAUCUUGAGUUUUGGCGCAUGCAUGAGAAAUAUGGCAAGGUCGUUCGCUUCGGCCCCAAUAGCGUAUCCUUCAACUCCAACACGGCCCUCAAGGAAAUCUACGGCUUCCGCUCCAACGUCCGCAAGGCCGAGUUCUACGACGCCUUUGUCCACCCGGCCGCCAACACGCACAACACCCGCGACAAGGAAGUCCACGCCCGCAAGCGCCGCGUCCUCUCCCACGCCUUUGCCGAGGGCGCCAUGAAGGAGAUGCAGCGCUACAUCCUCGGCAACGUCCGCACCUUUUGCGAGCAGAUUGGCAUGCGUGACGGCGGCAGCAGCGCUGUCACGACGACCGACGCCAAAAGCGGCUGGUCCGCCCCGCGCAACAUGGCGGACUGGUGCAACUACCUGGCCAUGGACAUUCUCGGAGACCUGAGCUUCGGCAAGGCCUUUCACAUGCUCGAGCGCCCGGACAACCGCUUCGCCCUGGAGCUGGUCGAGGCAGCCACCACCAGACAUCUCAUCUGCGGCACCAUGCCCAUCGUCGACAAGCUCAAGAUUGACCGCUUCCUCUUCCCCAAGCUCGCCGCCGGCCGCGCCCGCUACAUGGCCUACAGCAAGGGCCAGCUCACCGAGCGCACCAAGCUCGGCGAGGAGACGGACCGCCGCGACUUCUUCUACUACCUGCUCAAGGCGCGCGACCCGGAGACGGGCCAGGGCUUCAGCACGCCCGAGCUGUGGGGCGAGUCCAACCUGCUCAUCAUCGCCGGCUCCGACACCACCUCGACCGCCAUGGCGGCCACGCUCUUCUACCUGGUGCGCAGCCCGCACGCGCUCGCCAAGGUGACCGAGGAGAUUCGCGGCAAGUUUUCCAACGUCGAGGAGAUUGUGCACGGGCCCGCGCUCGGCGGCUGCACCUACCUGCGCGCGUGCGUCGACGAGGCGAUGCGGCUGUCGCCGUCGGUCGGCGGCAUCCUGCCGCGCGAGAUCCUGGCCGGCGGCAUGACCAUCGACGGCCACACGCUGCCCGCGGGCACCGUGGUCGGCGUGCCGCACUACACGGUGCACCACAACGAGGCGUACUUCCCGGGCGCCUUCUCGUACGUUCCGGAGCGCUGGCUGGCGGGCAGCAAGAACAGCGCGCUGGGGCGGGAGACGGCGGCGGAGGACGUGGCGCUGGCGUCGUCGGCGUUUUGCCCGUUCAGCGUCGGCCCGCGCGGAUGCAUCGGCAAGGGCCUGGCGUACGUCGAGAUGACGACGACGCUGGCGCGCACCAUCUACACGUACGACAUGCGCAAGGCGGUCGGCGUCGAGGACCCGAGUGAGGGCCGCGCGGGCAACGAAUGGGGUCGUCACCGGCCGAGCGAGUUUCAGCUGGUCGACACGUUUACCAGUGCUAAGAAGGGUCCAAUUGUCGAGUUCAAGAGGAUGAAUGACGAGUAG